CAUUUAAAUGAAGCCAUCCUGCUGUCAUUAUAAAUCUGAAAGGUUCAGCUUUGUGGAAGGAUUUAAUGGUAACCCUUCAGCGGUAAUCAGAUUAGAGGGGCUCGUAUAACUGCAUGGUCUGAAGAACAGAUAAAAGAAACCAGAGUUCAGACUUGCCACAGAGGACAGGGAUUGAGCGGUGUGGUGCAGAAUCAACUCGCUGUUCUGAGGCUUUGGUUUUGGCUAUCAUAUACCCCAGAAAUGCCUGCAAAUUUCAAUGGUUACUGGAAAAUGCUUAGCAAUGACAAUUUUGAGGAGUAUCUGAAAGCAUUGGAUGUAAACAUUGCUGUGAGAAAAAUUGCCAACUUGCUAAAACCUGACAAAGAAAUCAUUCAGAAUGGAGAUCAUAUGAUCAUUAAAACGCUAAGCACUUUUAGAAACUACAUCAUGGAAUUUGAUGUAGGAAAAGAGUUUGAGGAGGAUUUAGCAGGGGUGGAUGAUCGCAAAUGCAUGACUAACGUGAGUUGGGAUGGAGAUAAACUUCUUUGCGUACAGAAAGGAGAAAAAGAAGGCCGUGGUUGGACCCAGUGGAUUGAAGGAGAUGAAAUGCAUCUGGAAAUCAGAGUAGGUGGUGUCAAAUGUAAACAAGUCUUUAAGAAGGUACAGUGAACCGAUCUGCCCAUUGCUGAUACAGAGAUGAAGACGAACAGAAUAGAAUGUAUGGACUUGCUACCAAAGCUCCACAUGCUCUUAGUGCCCAGGUAUAUCCUUAACAUCUAGCGAACAGAACCCGUGAACAUCUGGGCACAUGAAAUUAGAACUGUGUAGUGCUGUCUGCAAAAAGGAUUUUUUUUAAAGAAAUCAUUCUAAAUAAACACAAUCAUUUU